UCCUCCUCCUCCCCGCUCUUCUUCCUCUUUCUCUUCUACUCAUCUCCAUUAAUGGCGCCCCAGGUCACCAUCCUAGUGACCGGAGGGGCCGGGUCCAUCGGCAACCACACCGUGCUCCAGCUCCUCAACGAGGGUUUCCGCGUCCACAUCAUCGACAACCUCGACAACUCCGUCGCCGAGGCCGUGGAUUGGGUUAGGUCUCUCGCGGGACCUGAGCGAUCGCGCAAUCUCCAUUUCUACGUGGGUGAUCUUCGGAACAAGAAGGAUUUGGAGAAGGUUUUCUCUCAAGCAAGAUUUGAUGCUGUUAUCCACUUUGCUGGAUUGAAAGUUGUUUGUGAGAGUGUGGCAAAGCCUGGUCUCUAUUAUGAGAACAAUCUAAUUGGCACCAUAAAUCUUUAUGAGUUCAUGGGGAAAUAUGGUUGUAAGAAGAUGGUCUUUUCCUCAUCUGUUACUGUUUAUGGGCAACCUGCAAAAAUACCUUGUGUGGAAGAUUUCGCUCUGGAGGCGAUGAAUCCGUAUGGUCGGACAAAAGAAAAGAUAGCUCGUGAUAUUCAGAAGUCUGAUCCAGAAUGGAGAAUUAUAUUGCUAAGAUACUUCAACCCUGUUGGAGCUCGUGAGAGUGGGCUAAUUGGUGAAGAUCCUAAGGGUAUCCCAAACAAUCUUAUGCCUUACAUUCAGCAAGUUGCCAUUGGCAGGUUGCCCGUGUUAAGCGUUUAUGGUGUUGAUUAUCCGACAAGAGAUGGUAGCGCAAUACGUGAUUACAUACAUGUCAUGGACUUGGCCGAGGGCCACAUAGCAGCUCUCCGUAAGCUCUUUUCAACUGACAAAAUUGGCUGUGUUGCCUACAACUUGGGCACUGGCUCCGGAACCUCUGUGUUUGAAAUGGUUGCUGCAUUUGAGAAGGCAUCUGGGAAGAGCAAAAUAUGGUAUAGAGGAGAUGUGCAGAGACCAGUGGAGCUGGGCUAGCAAGAACCCGAGCGGUUACAGGGCGGACCGAUAAGGUUUGCAGGAUUUGGUCGAUGGAGGGGUUCUUCCCCCUUCUCUUUUCAAUUAAAAACAGGGUAAAACCUGCAUCAUAGUAAGAUGCAGAAAUAAUGAAAAGAUAGAAGAAGCUCAUUCAGGGGUUUGAGAGUUUUUUCUGUUAUGUUUGAAAACAUGUAGAGACCUUAUACAGUUGUUGGGGUUAUUUUUU